AUGACGACUAACUAUUUGGUGCCAAACACUAAACCGAUUAAUGGAAAUGUAUUUCAUUCAUUCGAAAAGAUAAAUGAAAUAUUCGCAAAGAAUGACGGUAGAAGAUAUUAUAGAGAACUUGAAAGUUCAUGCUAUGACUCUGAUGCUCCAUAUUUUGAUGAUAAACAAACUCAUUUAAGAAUUACAAAUCCGGCUCAUGAUGUGAACCAAUUAGGUGACACAUAUAUUAAACGCAAAGUUAAAGCAACUCUAGUUUCAAAUAAAGCUUUCACAUGUGAUGCCGUUUUUAAAUGCAUGCGUUUAUUCGUUGGUUACAAAUCAUCAAAUCAAAGCUUUAAACAAUUAGAAGUAGAAACCGAAAGAGGUGAUGCCGGUUAUCUUCAGAUGGAUUGCGCCCGUGAAUCUUUCGCAUUUGCAACAUAUAAACCAAAAUCAGAAAGGAAAGUUAAAAAGUUUGUUCAUUCGUUAUAUAUAUAA